AUGAAUAUAGAAAGUGCUGCAGUAAACAUCCUCAAACGAGGAGUUGAAUUAGAUACUAAGAAACGGUACACAGAAGCGCUAGUAUGUUACCAAGAAGGGCUACAAAUAUUAGUAGACAAAAUGAGAGGUGAGAAUGAUGAUUCGACUAAAGCCUAUCUUAGAAAAAAAGUUGAAGAAUAUAUGAACAGAGCAGAGACAAUAAAAAAGUUAGUUUUACAACAAAAGGAGGCUGGACAGUUUCAUGAACAGGUGCACAUAGAAAAUAAUUCUACAGGCCACAGUUACAAAACUCUAUUUGGACGAUUUUUAGAUGAGGAUGUAAAUUAUGUUUCCAUUGAAGAUCCUUACAUAAGGACUUUUCAUCAGUGUCAGAAUUUUCUAAGGCUUUGCGAACUGUUAGUCCGAUCUUGCCACAACCUGCAAUUGAUUGAAUUGAUCACAUCGAGAGACAACAAAACUGAAGGAGACCAAAGAGGGUGGUUUACUAAUUUAAGUAAUGACCUAUCUAAGUACAAAAUUAAGCUAAUAGUUAAAUUUUCCGAGACCUUACAUGACCGGCAAAUCACAUUGAGUUCGGGCUGGAUCAUAAAAAUUGGCAGAGGUUUAGACUACUUCAAGGCCCCAGAGAACAAGUUCUGUUUAGGUGUCUACGAUUUAGACCUUAGAAUGUGCCACGAAACCACCGUAGAUAUUGUACACUCAAAAAAUAUUAAACAAUCGUACGGAUGA